AUGUUUGGACCGAGUCAUCAUCGGCGCGGCGCGCGUGAGGUCGCGAUGUGCGUUCGUCAAAUAUUUAAUGACGGAGGUGAGUGCGGCGGCGUCACCUCUCCUCACCGCUCCGGUGCACCUCGUAUUAGUAUGCCGCGCCACAAUAACCGAACACGAAUCACAAAAGAUUUCCGGAGCGCGACUCUCACAAGGGAUGAAAGCCAACAUUGUGUAAUCAGAAGGGCCGCAACACGACCGCACCCCCCCCCCCCCCCCUCCGCCCCUCCCCCCUACCCGGCUCGUGUCGAACACGGCUUCAUCAACAGAAGCCCUUUCUAG